UCUGCCUACUAGUACUGCUAUUGUAAUUGUAAUUCCAGGACUGUUUCAGAAGUCAGAUGAAGAUCAAAAGCUUUCACUCCACAUGGUAGUGAGCAUUGCGCCUUAUUGCUUGAGUUUUUCUCAACAAACGUGUCAUUCAAAUUACAUUUCAAAGCAUAUAGCAUUAAGUAAAUAUAGAAGAGACAUACGGAGGGGUUGCCUUAGAAGGCCUCAGAUUUUGCCUUCUACUCUUGGAGAUGCUGUUGGGUUACGUGUGUUUGUGCUUUCCGACUUGCACACUGACUAUACCGAGAACAUGGAAUGGGUCAAGUGCUUACCAACUGUCGGAUACAAGAAUGAUGUUCUUAUUGUUGCGGGUGAUGUUGCUGAGACGUACAAGAACUUUAUCGUGACAAUGUCUCUCUUGAAGGACAGAUUUGAGCAUGUCUUGUAUGUGCCUGGCAACCAUGACCUUUGGUGCCGUCACGAGGGAGAAAUUUAUCUUGAUUCCCAUCAGAAAUUAAAGAAAUUGCUUGACACGUGUAGAGGACUUGGAGUUCAGACCAGUCCAAUGGUUUUAGAUGGCUUAGGAAUCAUUCCUUUGUUCUCAUGGUACCAUGAGAGCUUUGAUAGGGAGGAGGAAAUAACCAGCAUCCACGUUUUGCCUUUGGAGAUGGCAUGUAAGGACUUCAAGGCAUGCAAGUGGUCCAAGGAACUGUCAAAUGGAGAUAUCUCACUUGCCCUGUACUUUGAUGCAAUGAAUGAAAAGAAUCAGAGUGUGAUCAAGGAGAUCCAGAACACAUGUAACCAAAUAAUUACAUUUUCUCAUUUUGUUCCCAGAUCAUAUAUCUUGCUGAUUGGCUUUCAGUUCAGGCAAGAGCUGUGCCCAGAGAAAAGGAUGCUAUUCUAUCCAAAGCUUCCAAAGAUUAUCGGUUCUGAUUGUCUUGAGUUCCGUAUAAGGUCUAUCCAUGGGGUUGAAGGAAGUCCAUCUGCAUGUCAUGUGUUUGGUCAUACACAUUUCUGCUGGGAUUCUGUGCUUCAUGGUAUCAGCCUGAAGGUGCCCAAUAAUGUGAGCGGUUACUCUCAAGUCAAUGAUGAACAAUGCAGGUAUGUGCAGGCUCCAUUGGCUUACCCAAGAGAACGGAAGAGGAGAAUGAAUGGGGGUGACAAGUGGUUGCCAUUUUGUAUCUAUAGCCACGGAAAGUUUUCUGAUAGACUUUCACCGUGUUAUUGGUCUGAUUAUUACUCUACCAACCCACGAACACCUCAUAACACUCAACUUGCUCCUUGGGUUGCCAGAUUUUAUAACCAAACAUGACAAAAUGUUGAUUAUCUGUUAUCGUGUUACAUAAACUUGCUGAAGAUGUGGUGAUCACUGUUCAUGUUACAUAAACUUGCUGAAUAUAGUGAUCACUUUUCAUGCCGUUUGUUCAUCUAUAAACCUUGUGGUUCUGAUUCUGAA